AUGACGAGGAGGCUAGUCCUAUUGGCGGCAUUUGUGUGCUACACCUCCGCCGCGGCUCUUUUCCAAGUUCCCGAGGCGGAAACUCUUCACAAAUUGGCCGAAACUCCAUCUAAGGAUGUUCCAUCUGACGCGGUUUUUCUAAUUCAGCUCUCAGUUAUCAUUCUUCGAUUCUAUUCAGGCAGCUCUGGGAUACGCCGUCGACUUCUCUGUCUCUGCUUCUACAACCACUUUGAAUUGCCUCAAGAGCGGUGGCUACAGCGUCGUUUUCACUCGGUUAUCAUUUUUCAUCCUUGACUUAUGAACGUUUUGUAAAGAUUUUAUUAUCUCGUUUAUCUUGUUCAAACAAUUCUCCUGAGGCUCAUCUUUGCGAUGGAAGAAUUGAAGCCAAACUUUCACUUUCUAGCUUAUUAUCUCUAAAGACUUAAAUCAGAAAAUGAUAACCAGAAUAUUUUCCAGUGCAUACAACCCCAGCGGAUCCGGCUCCUUUGACAGGAAUUCUGCCACCACAAUCAAAAACGCCAACACCGGUACUUGAAUCUUCCGUUUAUGGGAAUCUACCCGAAACUUAAGUUGGCCUGGGAGUCGAGGCCUACAUCACGCCUCAGCCGAAGUCAAAGACUAAGACCGGCGCCCAGCAGUUCGUGGAAGUCUAUCAAGGACUCACAAGCAGCGGAAUCGUUAUCCGUUCCGCUUGGAUUCAAGUGAUCGAGACUCGAAGUUCAGAAUAAAAGUUAAAACUGCAGGUGACCUCGCCGGCCAACUGGUACACCAACAGCACCAACGUCAACUUCCUUCUCUCGAUGAUCAACCAGGCCAGAGUAACCGAUAGUCUAAAAUAUUAUCCCUACCAACGCGGAAUUCCAGCAAUACGGAGUCGCCGUGGGCAUCUACACGAGCUACUCGGAUUGGUACACCAUCACUUCCAACUAUCAAGGCCUUCCCUCUGACAUCCUCGUCUGGUACUACAACGUCUACGCCAGUGGAGUCACAGGAGAAAGCGCCCCUACUUACACCGAUUUCCGUCCUUUCGGCACUUGGAAAGUUCCAACGGUCAAGCAAUUCGCUCAAGUCGAAAGCGUGUGCCAAACUACUCUUAACAGGUACACUAAACUCCUGCUGAAAAAGAAAAUCUGAAGACACAGAUUAGUUGAUUGUCAAAAAAUCUCAUUCUGAUUUUAAAUGCUAUGGGCAUAGGGAUAUAUAUAACGCUUCGAUGUUCAAAACUAUCGCUUUUUGACAAUAUUACUAAACACACACGAAUGAAAAUUUCUCGAAUUAAUAUGAGAAAUCUUAAGCAAGAUUUCCUAAUCCCCUUUUAUUUAACUGAAAAGAAAAACCCCGAUGCAGCUGAAUCAAUCUUACAGGAACGUCUACACCCCAGGAAUACCAGCUCUAGCCGAAUCUGAAGUUCAGAAAAACAAAGCUCCAGUUGUCGGAGGCUUCAUUCGUCAGUAA